AAAGGGAACUUUUGUUUGCUCUCUUUCUGUCUGCAUUAAAUUAUUUGCCAUCAACAAUUUGAGAAGGUGGAUGCUUCGCCAUGUUUAAAAGUCGAUUUUAAACAAAUCGCAGUCUCUAUAAAUUCGCUUUCGAGUUCUUUCAGUUUCAGUCUAUCCCUACCAUUUGAGAUAUGGAGCUGGGGUUAAGCUUAGGAGAUUCAUCAAAAGAUUCAAAAGAAUUUAAAUUCUCGACAAAGAAUAGUAAUUCAGAGCAUCACGGUACUGCCAUGACCAACAAGCAGGAUGGCCUGGUAUUUUGCAUGGCCUUGGGUCUAAACUCAACUUUUGGAAAUCAAGAAUCCCUUGAAAAUUAUAAUCAAGAUGAUGAUCAGACGUUACAGGGAAGUGAUGAUCACCAAGAAAAGUCAAUGGGAACUCCUGUUCAGCUUGAUCUUCUCCCUCUUGCUCCUGUUCCUCGUCACACUGGAUCUCCUCUUCGAGUUUCAGGGAGAUCAGAGAAUAGUUCUUUGAGGCAACGGGGCUUGCUGCAGUCGGUGGUGGCUUCUGGGUCAGCGGAGGAGGAGGUGUUGUCGGCAAAUGACGUCAUGGAGGCCGAAAGAACAUCUUCUAGAGCCAGUGAUGAAGAUGAAAAUAGUCACAAGAGUGGAAAGAAACUGAGACUAUCAAAAGAACAGUCUGCUUAUCUUGAAGAAAACUUUAAAGAACACAGCACUCUCAAUCCUGUGAGUAAGCAGAAACAAAAGCUUGCACUUGCAAAACAGCUUAAUCUUAGGCCUCGACAAGUCGAAGUCUGGUUUCAGAAUAGAAGAGCAAGGACCAAGUUGAAGCAAACAGAGGUAGAUUGUGAAUAUUUGAAGAGAAUUUGUGACAGUUUGACAGAAGAAAACAGGAGACUACACAAGGAGUUACAAGAAUUGAGAGCCCUUAAUUCUUCAAAUCCAUUCUGCAUGCAACUUCCAGCCACCACCCUCACCAUGUGUCCCUCCUGCGAACGUGUCGCCGCCGCCGCCUCCACUCUCACCACCACCCCAGCCACCAAUCCCCCCAUUUCUAAAACCAGCACCAUUGAAUCCACACCUAAAGUUAUCCCAUUUCCUUUAUUUAGACCAAGAUUUUACCCGUUCUUCCGCUCUCCAUCCCAUUACCAUCAGUCUGCAUCCUCAUAACUUGAAGAAGAAAAUUUACAGUUUUUAGUAAGAAAUAUUAGGUUUUGUCAAUAGUUGUCCAAGUUAUAUAUACUCUGAAAUAAUUUGUUUUAAUGUUUGUUCUUUUAUGAGGAAUUGUUUGAUGUAAUAGGGUUCUCCAGUUAUCUCAUUUUUUCUUCUUUUUCUUUUUCA